AUGUCGACGGUUUAUUAUACAUUAAGUAAUGAAAUUUUUCGAAAUUUUUUAUUUUAUGCUGUGGCAUCACUUCUUAAAAUGAUGAUUAUGUCAUUAUUAACUGCUCGACAACGAUUUCGAAAAAAUGCAUUUGCUAAUCCCGAAGAUGUUGUUACAAGCAAAAUAAAAAAUCUUGUACCAACAACAACUGAUCCAGAUGUCGAACGUGUUCGUCGUAAUCAUUUAAAUGAUAUUGAAAAUAUAAUUCCAUUUCUACUUAUUGGAUUUUGUUAUAUUCCUUGUAAUCCUGAUCCUAAUAUCGCAUUAUGGCAUUUUCGUCUCUUCUUUUUAUCAAGAGUUCUUCACACAUUUGCCUAUCAGAUUCCAUUGGCACAACCAAGUCGAGCUAUCACUUUUUUUAUUGGUCUUAUUACUACUGUCUCAAUGGCUAUACAAGUUCUUAUUCGGGUUUAUUAA